AUGAAGAGAAUAAAUGAAAAAGGAAUUGGUGAUAUCAUUAAUGUCAGCGAUGUAAUGAUGAAAAGAAAUUUUGACUCAUUAUUUACAAAACCGAAAACAGAAUAUAGUCUUUAUGACGUAAUUACUGAAUUAAUGAAAAAGAUUAAUGAUAAUAAGAGUUCUGGCGGAAGAGUUGAAUUAGAAGUGAAUGAUGUUAAUGAGAAAUUAGCCGAAAAAGCAGACAAAAAUGAGCUUUUAGCUCUGAGUGAUAAAGUCAAGAACCAUGUUCAUUAUAUAACUUCAGACGAACAGAUUAUAACGGACUACCAUGGAUAUUUAACACGAAGUGAAGAAGUGAAGACGGAAGAUGUUAAUGAAAGAAGAUAUAAAUACAUUCGUGCUAAAGGUUAUGACAUACGCUGUACUGUACAGUAUGACACAGGUAAAACACCAGAAGUAUUUGGUUAUAACGAUGAAAUUUAUGCCUCUACUUUCUCUGUUAACGGUGUAUUAGUUGAACCAAAAUUUACAUUGAGAGUUAAGGCAAAAAUAACGUUUGAAGAUGCUAUUAAAAGUAAAGCUGACAAAGUUGAACUUGACGCAACGAACAAAGUUUUGAAAUCUCAUAAACACAACAUCUCCGAUAUAAAUGAACUUCAAGCUACAUUAGAUAAAAAAGCGGAUAAAACUUAUGUUAAUGAUGAGUUAGAGAAGAAGGUAGAUAAGGAAUAUAUGGCUAGUGAGUUAGAGAAGAAGGUAGAUAAGGAAUAUAUGGAUGAAAAAGAUAAUGAAAUUAAAGAAAGAGUUGAAUGGUAUCAUGAAUGGACAUCAAAGAUUUUUAAAACUAAAGCUGAUACAGGAUGGGUUUCAGGAUGUUUAGACCUUAAAGCGGAUAAAACUUAUGUUAAUGAUGAGUUAGAGAAGAAAGCAGACAAAACUUAUGUAGAUGAAAAUUAUGCAAAGAAGUCGGAAGUAAAUGCUGCGCUUAAUGGAAAAGCCGACAAGAACCAUACACAUGAAGAAUUUCAAACAAUCAAGAUUAAAGAAAUUAAAGCAUGCAUCGAAAUAGUAACAAAAACAGGAAGAAACGGUGCAACUGUACAAGAACAAAGAAUUUAUCCUCCUACUUUUCCUAAUGGUUUAAUAACAAACAAUAUAAAUAUUGUAGAUGGCAAAGGAUUUAUAAAUGUUAAACAUGAACUUCAAACAAUGAAGACUCAGAUUCUUGAAACCAUAUAUCCUAUAGGCUCUAUUUAUACGUCAAUGAACUCAACAAAUCCAGAAACAGUUUUAGGUUUUGGUGCGUGGGAACAGAUUGUAGACAAAUUCUUAUACUGUGCUAACUCUUCAAAGCAAACAGGAGGUUCGAAGAAAAUUAAAGAAGCAAACCUUCCACCGCACACUCAUACAGGAACUACACAUUUUUCUGGCGACCAUAGCCACUCAUUAAGAGACCACCCAUUAUACAACUCAGAGUAUGAAGCUGGCCAUGACGUUUUAUCUCCAUCUUAUAACAAUGCAGCAAAAAAGAUUUUUCGACCAACUGAACCGGGAGGAAAUCAUGUCCAUACUUUCACAACAAAUCCAACAGGCUCGGGUGAAGAUUAUAUGCCACCAUUUGUGACUAUAUUCGCAUGGUACCGCGUUCAAUGA